CUCUCUGGUGCAGCCGAGAAAGAAACGAGAUGCAGUGUGUCACGGUGAAAGACGUAAAUCAGCAGGAGUUUGUACGCGUGCUUGGAGUCUUCCUCAAGAAGUCAGGGAAACUGAAGGUACCAGACUAGGUGGUCAUGAUCAAACUGGGCAAACACAAGGAGCUCGCCCCUUACGAUGAGAACUGGUUCUAUACCCGCGCUGCCUCUACUGUGCGUCACCUGUACCUGCGAGGAGGAGUGGGCAUGGGGGCUAUGACCAAGAUUUAUGGUGGACGUCAGCGUAACGGGGUGAAGCCCAGUCAUUUCAGCCGCGGCUCCAAGCCCGUGGCCCGCAAGGACAUGCAGUCUCUCGAGGGGCUCAAGAUGGUGGAGAAAGACCCCAACGGGGGGCGGAAGCUGACUCCACAUGGACGGAGAGACUUGGACAGGAUCGCUGGUCAGGUUGCUGCAGCCAGCAAAAAACACUGAGAAAACGAUGUGACAUGUUUUACCAGAGCU